AAACAGAGAUUAGUUUUAAGCAACAAGUACUUGGAUGAAGAAGAUUAAAUUUGUGCAAAAAAAUAAGUAAAAAUAAUAUAUAAAAAUUUUUAAAAUAUACAAAAAGAACAAACAAACACAAAAAACACAUGCAUAACGAAGACAAUAGCAGAUUAUAUCAAAAAAAUUUAUAACAAGAAAAAAAAAUAAAAAAUCAAACAAAUAAAAACUAAACUUCAACAUGUUAAAGUUCAGCAUUGUCUUUGGCUUGCUGGCGUCUAUAAUCUGGCGUACAACACCGACAAAUUGUCGCCAGACCCACAAUCAAACACAGAACAUCAAUCAAUUGGCUGCCUUAAAUAUUGAACGUUACAUGGAUGCAACGGCACGACCUUGUGAGAAUUUCUAUCAAUAUGCUUGCGGCAAUUGGUAUCAGCAGCAUAUUGAUGAAAUGGAUUAUGGUGAUGUCUUGGGUUUAAUGGAUUAUGAAUUGAAUCGUAAAUUGGAGCAUUUAUUACGAAAACCAUUGGCAGAGCAGUUGACAGGCAGUGCGCGUAAUAGAUCAGAUGAAAAUUUAACGUUGCAUAGUAUUAGUACCACUGAAUCGACGGAUGAAGAUGCUUGGAGUGUGGGACAAUCGUCGAGUGUGUACGAUAAAGUUAGAACCUAUUAUAAGUCGUGCAAGAAAGUUAAACCGUAUAAUUUGAAAAAAUAUUUGCAACUAGUGCCGCCUGGUAAGAAGGUUCAUUGGAAUGUAUUGGCUAAGCAGGGCGGUCGUAAAUGGAAUUCGGAGAACUUUGAUUGGUUAGAGACCGUGGCCCGUUUACGUUUGUAUGGCUUAAAUGGUGUCUUACUUAAGGAACAGGUUCUACCGCGAUGGGAUGAGUCAUCUUCAAUGAGCAUUUAUCUUGAUAAACCCGAUCUAGCUGAAAUUCUGGCCAUGGGAGAGGGUGUUAUUAUUGAGUUACUUAUGGAUAUAGGACAGACUAAACGUGUAGCGAAUGAAAUAGCUCGUAAGGUCAAUCGUUUUGAAUUCCAAUUGCACAAACUACAGGAACUCGAAGAUGAAGAGGGUCCCAAAGAAAUGCAAUUAAGUUAUUUGCAAGAAUAUUUGCCACAAAUCGAUUGGUUGUCUUAUCUCAAGGAACUAAAGGGACCCGAUACGGAUUUAUCCACCACGGUUAUAAUACAAAACAUACCCUAUAUGAGAUCCUUAGUUAAACUUUUAAAUACCGUAGACUCCUCAACUAUCUGCAAUUAUAUAAUGCUGAAAUUUCUUAUCUAUCUAAAAGCUCAAGGACCCAAUGAAAUCACGCGCCAGGAGUGCAUAGCCAGUUUGAGAAGAGCUAUGCCUUUGGCUUUAAGCUAUAUGGUGGGUGAGCAUUACUAUAAGGAUGCGGAGAAAAAUGAUCAGCAGUUGGAUGAAAUAUUUAAAAAUCUUAAACAAACUUUCCAUGAUAUUAUUGUAGAGAAUCGUUUACAAUUGCCGGAAACUAUAGUGCAGACGCAAUUGCAGAAAAUCGAUUGCAUGGAACUGAGAGUAGGAUUUGCUCCCAGGAAUGCCUCACCCGAAUACUUUGAUAUGUACUAUGAGCGUGUGGCUCUAGAUCCCAAUAAUUUCUAUGCGAAUCAAUUAAGCCUUCUCCGGUUGAGUGUGGAGCAUAGUCAUGAAACCUUAGAUCCUCUCCUGAAACCCGAUCUUUUAAUAGACGAAGCUGUUAUAUCGGCAGAAUGGCUGGGCAGCUCUUCAUCUCCUCUCUAUAUCAAGCCUCGCAAUGUUGUUAUUAUACCUUAUGGUUUCCUGCAAAUGCCCAUCUAUCAUCGCAACUUGCGUGAUAUCUUUAAAUAUUCGGUGUUAGGUUUCUCUUUGGCUCAUGAAAUGUUGCAUGGUUUCGAUUCAUCGGGUAUUGACUAUGACAGUACUGGUAAUAUCAUGGGUCCCAGCGAAGAGAUUUCAGCCAAUCAACGUUUUAUUCAAGGUCUGCGCUGCAUGCAAAAUGAAUUGGCAACCGGUUCUCGUAGCCUUAAUGAGAAAUUAGCUGAUUAUGAGGGAAUACGUUUGGCCUAUAAUGCCUACUUUAACCUUAACUCUUCCAAUGAUAUGCAUCAACAUUUUCCCAAAGCUUUACGCUCCCGCUUUCUUUUGCAGUUUACUCCUCAGCAGCUAUUUUUCUUGAAUUUCGCUCAAUUUUUCUGCGGUAAAGUACAUCCGAAAUUGACACAUUCCGCUUAUUUGGAUCAUGCCUUGGACGAGUUGAGAGUUUUGCAGACAUUGGCAAAUUUUGAAGAAUUCGGUAGGGUGUUCAAUUGUGAGAAAAAAGAUAAAAUGCAGUCGAGACAUCGUUGUCGUUUGUGGUAAGAUUGUGUGGGUGUCAUAAAUGAUUGUAAAGUGAUGUGUAAAAUACGAGUAAUAAAUUUAAAAUUUAGAAUGCUAAAAUGCAUAAAAA